GCCUGAGCCAAAAACCCUAGAACUCUCUUGCUCUUUCUCUCACUCUGCGCAAAGGGCAUCAAUCUCUUAUCGUCUACAGAGCACUACAGCUGGGAUUCGGCAGAAUUCCUGGCUGAAACUAAAACCAAUAGCAAUCAUGGGGGACGUUCUGAUUAUGAACCAGACGGAGGAGCUGGCUUCUCGUCUCGGCAUCGAUCUCACUCAAGUUGAUCUCGAUUCUGUUCACGUCCCACCCGGCGAAAAUUGUGGCAUCAUUAGUGAUGAUGACGAUGUAUACGAAGAUGAUCAGCAGGAACUUGAUUCUGGGUUUGGUAAUAUUAUUGUUGUUGAUAAUCUACCCGUUGUUCCUCGAGAAAAGUUUGAGAAGCUUGAAGGUGUUAUUCGCAAGAUCUAUAGUCAGAUUGGUGUUAUUAAGGAAGAUGGAUUAUGGAUGCCCGUUGAUCCUGAAACCCAGAAGACUCUAGGUUACUGCUUCAUUGAGUAUAAUACCCCUCAGGAAGCUGAGCUUGCCAAGGAGAAAACUAAUGGUUACAAGUUGGACAAGGCGCAUAUUUUUGCGGUGAAUAUGUUUGAUGACUUUGAUAAGUUUAUGAAAGUUCCAAAUGAGUGGGCUCCACCAGAAUUUAAGCCAUAUACACCAGGGGUAAUUCUUUUAAUAAGUAAUUUACUUGUUAUAUUUACCCUUUUUUUUUCUCUGUGUGAGCUGAUGUUACUUGCUUGUAUAUCAUAUCAGGAGAAUCUCCAGCAGUGGCUCACUGAUGAAAAAGCACGAGAUCAGUUUGUGAUUCGUGCUGGCACUGAUACUGAGGUUUUAUGGAAUGAUGCAAGGCACUUGAAGCCUGAGCCUGUUUACAAGCGCACUUACUGGACCGAAAGUUUUGUGCAGUGGUCCCCUCUAGGUACUUACCUGGCCACAGUUCACAGGCAGGGUGCUGCUGUUUGGGGAGGUGCUGCUACUUUCAAUCGCUUAAUGCGUUAUGCUCAUCCUCAGGUUAAACUGAUUGAUUUUUCUCCUGGUGAGAAAUAUUUGGUUACUUACAGCAGCCAGGAACCAAGUAAUCCUCGUGAUGCGAAUAGGGUUGUUUUAAACAUCUUUGAUGUGAGAACUGGGAAAGUGAUGAGAGAUUUUAAAGGAAGUGCUGAUGAGUAUGCAGUUGGAGGAACAGGAGGUGUUGCAGGAGUGUCUUGGCCUGUUUUCAGAUGGGGUGGCGGGAAAGAUAAGUAUUUUGCCAAACUUGGGAAAAAUGCGAUCUCUGUCUAUGAAACUGAGACCUUCACUCUUAUUGACAAGAAAUCCUUGAAGGUUGAAAAUGUUAUGGACUUCAGCUGGUCCCCAACUGAUCCUAUUCUUGCACUGUUUGUUCCUGAGCUUGGUGGUGGAAACCAGCCUGCUAGGGUGAGUCUUGUCCAAAUCCCCAGCAAAGAGGAGUUGAGGCAGAAGAACCUUUUCAGUGUCAGUGACUGUAAGAUGUACUGGCAAAGCAAUGGAGAGUAUCUUGCUGUCAAGGUUGAUCGCUAUACAAAAACCAAAAAAAGCACAUACACUGGCUUUGAGUUGUUCCGAAUUAAAGAAAGAGACAUACCCAUUGAGGUUUUGGAGCUUGAUAAUAAGAAUGACAAGAUCAUCGCCUUUGCCUGGGAGCCAAAGGGCCACAGGUUUGCGGUUAUUCACGGUGAUAGUCCAAGACCUGAUAUUAGUUUUUACACUAUGAAAACCGCAAACAAUACUAGCCGGGUAUCAAAGCUCACUACUCUCAAGGGAAAACAGGCAAAUGCUCUUUUCUGGUCACCGUCUGGCCGUUUCAUAGUUCUGGCCGGACUCAAAGGUUUCAAUGGUCAAUUGGAAUUUUACAAUGUUGAUGAGCUUGAAACAAUGGCAACAGGUGAACAUUUUAUGGCGACAGAUAUAGAAUGGGAUCCUACUGGAAGGUAUGUUGCAACUGCUGUGACUUCAGUUCAUGAGAUGGAAAAUGGUUUCAAUAUAUGGUCCUUCAAUGGCAAAUUACUUUAUAGGACUCUGAAGGAUCACUUUUUCCAGUUCUUGUGGCGGCCAAGACCACCAUCUUUCUUGAGUCCUGAGAAGGAAGAGGAAAUUGCAAAGAAUUUGAAGAAAUAUAGCAAGAAGUAUGAGGCAGAGGACCAGGAUGUGUCAUUGCAAUUGAGUGAGCAGGAGCGUGAGAGGCGGAGAGCAUUGAAGGAUGAAUGGGAGAAGUGGGUCAAUAAGUGGAAACGCUUGCAUGAGGAAGACAAAUUGGAAAGACAGGGGUUGAGGGAUGGAGAAGCCAGUGAUGAAGAAGAGGAAUACGAGGCUAAAGAAAUUGAAGUUGAGGAAGUGCUGGAUGUUUCAGAGGAGGUGGUUUUUUUUGACUAGUGAGUGUCUAAAUUGCUAUUUUUAGAAAGCCGGAACCUGCCUUUCUUCAGAUUACAACAUGCAGCAGACAUAUCUUGUAGACAAACAAUUUAAGUGGAGGUUUUGAGAAGCUAAUUACGAUACAAAGGGAUGACAUAAUAUUGAUUGUCAGGUCUACUAGAGAUGGCUUUUCUUGCCGUUGAAGUUUGAAAGAGU